AAGGGCGUGUACAUCAAACAUUCAAAUUAUCCACUUCCAUUCAUCACAAUAUAAAAGCAACAGAACUUUAAUUACAUCAAGUUUAUCAGCAACACAGAGCACGAGUGUGAAUCAAGCGAUAACCGUCUUUGAUCUCACGAGGCGCAUCUCAAACAAGCCUAGGUCAACAAGAUGACAUCCGCUAGCUAGGCAACCAAUGGAAACGCCUUCUGCCAGUGUCAGCAUUUGGCGACAUGCAGCGAUAAAGUGGUCGAUUGUGAUGUGACCGGCGGUUUCAGAAAGUGGUUGACAAACGACCAAGGAACAUGGUUAAUGCUUUUAUUUUGUUCUUUGUGUGCUUGUGGCGUCUGGUUGAUGUGACGGGUGGAGUAAAGUCAGUUUCAGUGAUGGAGGGAGAUUCUGUCACUCUAAACAUUGAUGUUACAGAAUCACAGAAAUAUUUGUUGAUACAUUGGGCGUUCGGAAGCACUCGAAUAGCUGAAAUCAACAGACUCACGCAAACCAACUCGACGUAUGAAGGUCCUGAUGAGACAUUCAGAAACAGACUGAAACUGGAUCUAACCGGAUCUCUGACCAUCACAAACACCAGAACCACAGACUCUGGACUUUAUAGAGUAACAAUUAUCAGCAAAGAGACCAGCUACAUGAGUUUCAAUGUUAAAGUCUGUGAGACUCCACAAAGUACUUCAUCACCAGAAAGAUCAUCAAGCUCCAACUUUUUGGUGAACAAUUCAACCAUCAUCCAGACUGAGGAUGCCAACAUUACUGAACUCCAUCAGCCAAGUUCAGACCACAUCCACUGUUGUGGUCUUGAGGCUGUGAUCCGAUUGGUCGCCUCUGCUCUGGUGGGCGUGGCUGCUGUUGCUUUUUUGGUAUAUGACAUCAGAUCUACAAGAAGUGAGCUGAACAGGAUGAAAGAGACUAGACAUCACCGUCAGACCCAUCGAGUAAAAUCCGAGCAGUAUGAAAUGAGCAGAAGGUUUAGUUCCAGAUAUGUUUGCUGAAGUUUGCUGUAAUAAUCAUGAAAAUAAAACUGUCCAGAUUUCCUGUACUUACACAGCUAUUUAUUAACAGAUUAUUUUUCUUCCCUUUUUUUCAUUGUAUUUGCACAGAAUAUAAUUUGUUAUAUUAAAUUAAAUGGGUCCAAACAUAAUUACCCUAAACAAAAUAAUAAUUAGCAUCACAUAUGACACCAUAGAAUUAUCUCAUAAGCUAUUUUGUCUGUUAAAACCCUUGAAAUGACUUUUGGUGGAUGUUUGUGCAUGGUAACUUUUAAUAAAGAUUUAGUUUUACAACAA